CUCACAGCAGCCCAGGAUCAUCCUGGUCCUCUGUCAUUGGCUACACCUGGAGGAGACAGAAGUGGGCUAUGCAGCCGAACCAGAACCAACCUUCUCUCCUUUUUGGACCACAUUAUGAAGGAAUCCCUUGACUGUCGGACCAUGGCAGCCAAACCGGUCUGGCCGUGGAGGACCAAGUGCCGCAGCCUGGGUGUGGGGCUUCUCCUCACCAGCUGCAUGAUCCUGUUCUACUGCCUCUCCAGUCCUCAGGGCAACUACAACACACCAGAAAUCCCGGUGCCCUACUCCUGUGCCCACAGUCCAUCUCCCCUCACGAAGCAGACGUCAAACGGCUCGCGGAAAGAUGCCGUGCGGACCUGCACUCCAAAAGUGGACAUCAUGUUCUUGAAGACCCACAAGACGGCCAGCAGCACCUUCCUCAACAUCCUUUUCCGUUUUGGAGAGAAACACCGGCUGAAAUUUGCCUUUCCCGACAGCAGAAACGACUUCUACUACCCAUCUCCGUUCCAGCGCUCCUCUGUGAAGGAGUACAAACCUGGAAUGUGUUUCAACAUCAUCUGCAAUCACAUGCGCUUCAACGCGCCGGAGGUGAGGAAGCUGCUGCCUCUGGAUACGUCCUACAUCAGCAUCCUGAGGCACCCGGCAGAUCUGUUCGAGUCGUCUUUUCACUACUUCAGUGCCGUGGCACCUCUGACCUGGAAGAUCCCUGGAGAAGACAAGCUGACUGAGUUUCUCCAGCAUCCCCAUGACUACUUUGAUGCAGAGGGCUUUAACUCAUUCUACCUCAAGAAUUUGCUGUUCUUCGACUUUGGACACGACAACACUCUGGAGCCUGGAGAUCCGCUCGUCGACGAGGGGAUUAAAGCAAUCACUGAGCGCUUUCAGCUGGUGAUGAUGGUGGAGCACUUCGAGGAAUCUCUCAUCCUCCUCAAAGAUACCCUCUGUUGGGAGAUGGAUGACCUUCUCUUCUUUAAGCUGAACGCUCGGAAGGGGUCAAUGGUCUCCAAACUGACCCCCGAACUGAGAGCCAAAGCUCUCGAGUGGAAUGCUGUGGACUGGAAACUAUACCAACAUUUCAACCAGACAUUCUGGAAGAAGGUGGAAGCGUACGGAACAGAGCGAAUGGCUCAAGAUGUGGCCACGCUGAAGCGCAGAAACUCAGAAAUGGCAGCCAUCUGCAUUGAGGGGGGUCACGCCGUGGAGGCGGACAGCAUUCAGGAGUCAUCCAUGCAGCCCUGGCAGCCCAUCGGAGAGAAGUCCAUCCUGGGCUACAACCUCAAGAAAAACAUCGACAAAGCACAUCGGAAGUUGUGUCGGAAGAUGUUGAUGCCAGAGCUUCAGUACUUGACAGAACUGGGUGUGAAUCUGUGGAUCACUCGUCUCUGGGGACGAAUCCGAGAGCUCAUGAGCUGGUGACUGAAGUCCAUCAGAGGAAUCAGAACGUGCAGCUGGACGCAGAGCAAAGAUGUCUGUAGCAUUUCAGUGUUUUUACUGAGUACUGUCAUGUUUCUUUUUGAGUCUUGUAGUAAUCACAUUUCUACUGGAACUGUUUACCACAAGGGCCAUGGCACCUUCUCACCUGUGAACAAAUGACUUAACAUCUUCUGUUGGUCAGGAAGUUCAGACCUUCUUCCCUCAUGCCUUCAUGAGAUUGUGUUCAGAGUUUGGUCGAAAAUAAACCACACAGCAAGUGAAAUAUGUUUAAUGGAUCUUGCUUUAGCUCAUUUAGGAAGUUUUUUUUUUUUUAACCGCUAGUUAAAAUUCCGGGAUUUGUGAGGCAUACGUUCAAAAACCACAGAUAUUUUCCUCAUCAUAGUGUGAUGAUUGCUACACUUCAAUAAAAUUGUUCCACAAACAAAUGUUGUGAGGUCAGAGCUUUAAUACCA